AUGUUACUCGCGGCGGAAGUAGGCGUCACCGGUCUUGUGGUAAGUGGUCUGCCAUCUCCUCCUGAUCGAUAUCUGUAUUCAGAGGUACCAUAUAAUGAACAGGGCUCUCACAUUCUGACUACACUCCUUGCGCAACCCUCUAUCUCCGCGGUUCACGCAUACUCUCGCAAGAAGCUGUCAUCAAGACCCAAGCUGACCGUCCUCGACAAUGCGGAUUCCAGCGCAUGGCCAUCUAUCUUCCCCUCUAACGCACCCUGA